GCCCGUUUACGGAUAUAUUAUAGCCCAUAUUCGACAUUCUAUGUUGUUAUUUUCCAUCUGGAAGUGUGGAAGGGGGAGGCACUUGGAAAGAGUGUGUGGCUUCUCAGUUGUGUUUAUAUAGCAGGGAACAGAGAGCAGUGGGACAACAGUCACCACACACAUCUUCAUCAUGCUGAGCACACUGGUGCUGCUCUGGCUAUCUGUCUGCCUCCUCUUCUUUCUCCUACGGACACGCAGAGCCAAGAAUUUCCCGCCAGGACCGCAACCCAUCCCUAUAUUUGGAAAUUUGCUGCAGCUGAAUCUGGAAAACCCCAUUGUUGACCUAAACAGACUGUCGGAACGCUAUGGGAAGGUGUUUAGCCUGUACUUCGGAGGAAGACCAGCGGUCAUCUUGACUGGGACUCAGGCCACGAGAGCAGCGCUGGUCAGCAAGGCUGUGGACUUCGCUGGACGCCCCCAUAGCCUCCUCCUCAACCACCUCACCCAGGGCAAAGGUGUCAUCAUGGCGGAUUACGGACCCAGCUGGAGAGAACACCGACGCUUCGCUCUGAUGACCCUCAGGAACUUCGGCCUGGGCAAGCAGUCCAUGGAGGAGAGGAUUCUGGGAGAGACUGAGUAUGUUAGUGCUCUGCUGGAGGAAAGCGUGGGGAAGUCCGUGGACCCUCAGACACUUUUCCACAACGCCGCCUGUGACAUCAUCUGCUCCGUCAUGUUUGGAGCGCGCUACGAGUACGAUCACCAGUUCUUCCAGGCCAUGAUCAGGAUGAUGGCAGAGAACUCCAAGAUAGCCAACGGCCCCUGGGGCAUGAUCUACGACACCAUGCCACUACUGAGGAGUCUCCCCCUGCCUUUCCAGCGAGCUCUGAGAGACUACAACACCAUCAAGCUCCAUGUCCUGGAGAUCAUCCAGAAACACAGGGCCACCCGCGUCCCGCUGCAGCCCAGAGACGUCAUCGACUGCUACCUCGACCAGAUGGACAAGAGGAGAGAUGACGACAGUUCACUGUUUGAUGACCGCCAGAUGAUAACUCUUCUGCUGGACCUGCUGUUUGCUGGGACAGACACCACCUCUAACACUAUUCGCAGCACCAUCCUUUACCUCAUGACACACCCCGAGGUGCAGGAGCGCUGUCAGCAGGAGAUUGACACAGUCCUGGAGGGUAAGACCCAGGUCAGCUUCGAGGACAGACACAAGAUGCCCUACAUGCAGGCUGUGAUCCAGGAGUCGCAGCGCUACGCCAGUACCUUGCCCCUCAGUGUGUUCCACUGCACCACAAGGGACACAGAGCUGAUGGGGUACAGCAUUCCCAAGGGGACUCUGGUCAUCCCCAACCUGUCCUCUGUGCUCAAUGAGGAGGGUCAGUGGAAGUUUCCUUAUGAGUUCAACCCUGAGAACUUCCUCAACGACCAGGGAGAGAUACAGAAAAAUGAGUCCUUCAUGCCUUUCUCUGUCGGACCUCGUAUGUGUCUGGGUGAGGGUCUGGCUCGUAUGGAGCUCUUCCUCAUCUUGGUGACUCUGCUGAGACGAUUCCAGUUUGUCUGGCCAGAGGACGCGGGCGAGCCAGACUUCACCCCUGUGUUCGGAGUCACUCAGGCACCCAAACCCUACAACAUAAAUGUCCAGAUACGAAAUGCCAGGAAGGCUGAAGACAGACAACCUGUUGUCUAGAUUACAGCCCUGGAGGCUUGGGAGUGUUGUCUUUAUUGUGUACCGUGUUAAAACUCUCAUAAGGACAAAUAUAGAUGUACAAGGAUUUGUAUAAACACUAACACGUCUUCUCCUGUGCUCUUUCAUCAAGUCUUUCUUUCUAUAUUGGUUGACUACACUGAGGAAAUCCAGAGAAUGUAUCAGCAGUCCAACUGAUAAAAACACAAUUUUUGAACCCUUACCUUUAACUAUGUUUGGCCUUGCUGAUAAUAUGUCGGGUCAGAAGUUAAUAUGGCACAGGGAAUUUGUCAAUGAGUGAAAAUAGUUUAUCCUUAAUUUGUUGUUUUACGAAAUAGUGUCCAUUUCCUAUAUUGUGUCUAUCACUUGACUUGGUGUUAUCCAGCUAGGUAGCGUAAAGCUUCAUCGAUUAUACAAAUAGCCUCGCCCAGAGCCAUCUUUUUCGAUGGCCCUGGCCUCGCCCACUUGCAAUGUGGAUGAAAGGUUAAGUUCAGCCAGUUUUCUGAUGUUUUAACCACGUUGCCUGAGCUUGAGCUCGUGACAUUUAACAUAGGCUAACCUCAAAGUCCCAAUUUCAUCUUUUUACAUAAAAUCCACACUACCACAUAAUUUAACAUACAUUCUAAGCGAAUUAGGCUACUUUUAAUCAGAAAACGCGUGGUCAGGUAACAACUUAUUCAAAAUGUUUACUUUUCAGUCAAUAGUGCUUUUCACACAAUUUGUAAAUGGGCAAUGUGACUACAUAUAAAACGGAAGUUCAUUAAUGACAAUAUAUAUCCCGGUUAUUCCCCUUAGUUUUUCUUGAUCGAAUCAAACUGUGACAAACUCUUCUGCGACUGAACGUCAGAGAUGCGACAUACAACCCACGUGUCUGGCGGAAAUUAAUACAAGCUCAACACAUGUCAACAACAAAUGAUUUUAUGAUUGUCACUGUAUUAUAUUAAAUAACUGAAAUAUA